GAGGAUGAGACGCCGGAAGUAGUUUUGACGCCGAACGAGACUUCCGGCGCGAGGGAAAGAGAACCGUCGAGGCGCGUUGGGAAGAAAGAACGAAAGAAAGAAAGGGGCGAGGAAGAAGGAAAGGCCCCGGCCUCCGGCCACUUCCUCCUCCCUGGCGUGACUGAACAGAAGACAGUAACUUCCUACCACAAUGGGCGAUAGCGAUGAUGAGUAUGAUCGCAGGCGCAGGGACAAAUUCAGACGUGAGAGGAGUGACUAUGAUCGUUCUCGAGAACGUGAUGAUAGACGGCGAGAUGAUUGGAGCGACAGGGAGUGGGACAGGGGCCGAGAACGGCGGAGCAGAGGUGAAUAUCGCGAUUAUGACCGGAACCGGCGGGAGCGGUUCUCCCCACCUCGCCAUGAGCUGAGUCCUCCACAAAAACGGAUGCGGCGAGACUGGGAUGAACACACAACAGACCCCUAUCACAGUGGCUAUGAGAUGCCGUAUAGUGGGGUCUCCGCUGGCCCUACGUAUGGACCUCCCCAGCCUUGGGCUCACCCUGAAAUGCACGUGACGCAGCAUCACAUCUUACCUAUCCAAGCCAGGCUGGGGAACAUUGCAGAGGUGGACCUGGGCAUUGCCCCGCCUGUGAUGAAGAGUUUCAAGGAGUUCCUCUUGUCCUUGGAUGAUUCUGUUGAUGAGACUGAAGCUGUGAAGCGCUACAAUGACUACAAGCUCGACUUCCAGCGCCAGAAAAUGCAAGAUUUCUUCUUGGCCCACAAGGAUGAAGAGUGGUUCCGAUCCAAAUACCACCCAGACGAAGCCGGCAGGCGGAAGCAGGAAUCCCACAGUGCCCUGCAAAACCGCCUCAGCGUCUUCCUCUACCUCAUGGACAACAGCUGGUUUGAGAACUUGCAGCUGGAGAUCGACAAAGCCAGUGCCAUCAUCAAAGUCCUGGAUGCCGCUGUCAUUAAGAUGGAAGGCGGGACUGAGAACGACCUGAAAAUCCUGGAUCAGGAGGAAGAGGAGGAGCGUCAGGAGAAAGCAGAAUCGGGGAAGAAGGAAGAGAACAGGCUGUCGGAACUGGACCGCAAAGACUCGGAGAAGGAGGACAAGAAAGAGGAGGCCAAGAAGACGAGCGACGAAGAGGCUGCGGAAGACAAGGGGAAGAAGGCCUCGGAAGACGAGGAGAAAGAGGGCGAGAAGGAGGAGGAGCCGGACAAAGAGGCGAAAAAGACCAGCCAUAAGCACAAGCGGAAGCGCAGCGGAGACGACAGCUAUGACGAAGGCAGUGUUUCUGAGUCCGACACUGAGUCAGAAAGUGGGCGCCCUGGAGAGGAGGUCAAGGAAGACAAAAAGCCGAAGGAGGAGAAGGUGGCGGUGGUGGCGACAGCAGCGGUGGAAGCGGCGGCAGCUAAGGAGGGGGAGGAGUCUCCCAAAGCCAAAGAGAAGGAAGGGGAGCCCAAGCCCCGCCCCUUGCACAAGACCUGCUCCCUCUUCGUGCGCAACAUCGCCCCCAACAUCUCCCAGGCAGAGAUCGUGGCACUUUGCAAAAGGUACCCUGGAUUUAUGAGAGUGGCUCUUUCAGAUCCCCAGCCAGAAAGGAGGUUUUUCCGAAGAGGUUGGGUUACAUUUGAUCGCAGCGUCAACAUCAAGGAAAUCUGUUGGAACCUGCAGAACAUUAGGCUGAGGGACUGCGAACUGAGCCCUGGAGUCAAUCGUGACCUGACCCGGCGUGUCCGUAACGUCAGUGGCAUCACACAGCACAAGCAGAUUUUGCGCAAUGACAUCAAACUGGCAGCUAAGCUGAUUCACACCAUGGAUGACCGCACCCAGCUGUGGGGGGCUGGAGAGGCCCGCCCUGCCUCCGAAGUCUCGAGCUUACCUUCCCAAAAUCCCAUCCUAAAGAACAUCACUGACUACCUGAUAGAAGAGGUGAGCGCGGAGGAGGAGGAGCUGCUGGGGAAAAGUGGGGAGCCCUCUGAAGAGCCCCCCAAGGAAGGGAAUCCAGCCGAGGUCAACGUGGAGAGGGACGAGAAGCUUGUCAAGGUGUUGGACAAGCUGCUCCUGUACCUGCGCAUCGUCCACUCGGUGGACUACUACAACACCUCGGAGUACAUCAACGAGGACGAGAUGCCCAACCGCUGCGGGAUCAUCCAUGUGCGGGGGCCCAUCCCCCCCAACCGCGUCACCCAUGGGGAAGUAUCUGACUGGCAGAAAACCUUUGAGGAGAAGCUGACCCCCUUAUUCAGCGCCCGGGAGUUCCUGUCUGAGGAAGAGGCACAGAAGAUGGGCAAGAAAGACUCUGAGCAGGAGGUGGAGAAAUUUGUCACGGCAAACACCCAGGAGCUGGGGAAGGACAAGUGGCUUUGCCCCCUCAGUGGGAAAAAGUUCAAGGGCCCUGAGUUUGUCCGCAAGCACAUCUUCAACAAGCACGCAGAGAAGAUAGAGGAGGUGAAGAAGGAAGUGGCGUUCUUCAAUAACUUCCUCACAGAUGCCAAGAGGCCUGCCUUGCCAGAGCUCAAGCCAAACCAGCCACCAGGACAAGGCAUGGCCCCAGGGUUGCCUUACCCUCCACAGGCCCCCCAGGGAUUGAUGCCGUACGGACAGCCCCGCCUACCCAUCCUGGGAUACGGAGGCGGCCCUCCUUACCCACCAGCCCCAUAUGCUGCUGGAAGGGGGAACUAUGACACCUUCAGAGGGCAGGGUGGCUAUCUGAACAAACCACGAAACAGGAUGGUCCGAGGAGACCCUCGUGCAAUCGUGGAAUACAGGGACCUGGAUGCCCCGGAAGACGCUGAUUUCUUUUGAGCCGAGAGAGAAGGCCUGCCAAGUUGGGUUUAAUUUUUCUGCUCCUCUUUUUCUUCUAGCUUUUUUUAAAAAAAUAAAAUACUGCUUUUCCUGCUUGA